CACAAGCGACGCCGAAAACCCUAAAUGCCCCAUUUUUACAUCAGACAGUGUUAGAUCUUUUUUCUUCCUUAUUUCAGAUUCCUUUCAAUGUCAAUCGUUCAAAUGCUCAGUGAUCUUUUCAGUGGUCUACUUUGGUUAUUGAAUGCUUGAAAUUUGUCUGGUGGUUUGGCUUUUUAUGGUUAGAUAAUCAUCAUUUGGUUUGAGCUUUGGAUCGUUUUGCUAUGGUACCUUCUCAUGAAGGGUAGAGAGUUCAAUCCAAAACCCAACUUUGAAUCUGGGGUGAUCUGUAUUCAAGAAGAUAAUUUUGAGUACCGAAUUAGGCCUAGAUAUGGUGUGGGGUUACAUAUGACCCUAUUUUCAUUCGCAACUCGUGCCUCAAGGGUUCGACCCGCCUCCAAGCUCUUCAUUCCUCAUAACCACGUUCAAUUUCACGGAGGAUCUCACCCGCAAGAUGUAAGGGUAGUUCAAAAGCACGAGGCUUGGUUUGUUAAGGUUGUUUGCACUCUGUUUUUUUAUUCACAACCUUUGAAUGAUUCAUCUGUGGGUUAUUUGAACAGGAAUUUGACACCUUCUAUUGAGUUUCAAGUUGUUAAAUGGUUUAACCAUCCGGCAUUUGGGUUGAAAUUUUUCGAGUUCAGUAGGGUUAAUUUUAAUAUUACUCAUUCUUUUUGGACUUAUAAUUUGCUUUUGAGGUCGUUUUGUAAUAUGGGUCUACAUCAUUCGGCUAAAUUAGUUUUUGAUUAUAUGAGGACUGAUGGGCAUUUGCCUGAUAGUUCUGUGGUAGGAUUUAUGAUUUCGGCUUUUGGGAAGGCAGGUAAGUUUGGAAUGGCAAAGAAGUUGCUUGCUGAGAUUCAGUCUGAUGAAGUAGGAAUCAGUGUUUUUUCUGUAAAUAAUUUGUUGAAUAUGAUGAUUAAGAAAAAUAAACUAGACGAGGCAGUUAGCUUAUAUAAAGAGAAUCUAGCAUCGAACGUUUACCCGGAUAAUUGGACCUUUAAUAUUCUAAUUCAAGGCCUUUGCAAAGCUGGGCAGGUGGAUCAAGCUCUUGAGUUUUUUUACGAUAUGAGGAAUUUUGGUUGUUCUCCUGAUAUCCUUACCUAUAAUACCAUUAUCGGUGGGUUGUGUAGGGCAAAUGAGGUAGGUAGAGGUAACAAAUUACUGAAUGAAAUUCGAUCGAGAGAUGAUUGUGCACCCGAUGUUGUGACUUAUACAUCAGUCAUAUCUGGUUAUUGCAAGUUGGGUAAGAUGGGGGAAGCUUCUGCUCUUUUUAAUGAGAUGAUUAAUUCUGGAACUGUGCCUACUGCAGUUACUUUUAAUGUUUUGAUUAAUGGCUUUGGCAAGGUUGGAGAUAUGCUUUCUGCUAAGUCCAUGUACGAGAAGAUGCCUUCUUUUGGUUGCGUUCCUGAUGUUGUGACCUUCACUUCCUUGAUUGAUGGUUACUGUCGCAAUGGAGACGUGGACCAGAGCUUGCGGCUUUGGAAUGCUAUGAAAGCGAGAAAUAUACCUCCAAAUGUUUAUACUUUUGCCAUUACAAUCAAUGCUCUAUGCAAGAAAAAUAGACUACAUGAGGCUCGUGAACUUUUGAUGGAAUUGAAAUGUACAAACAUUGCUCUGAAACCGUUUAUCUUCAACCCUGUGAUUGAUGGGUUGUGCAAGUCUGGAAAUUUGGAUGAGGCCAAUCUGAUAGUUGUGGAGAUGGAAGAGAAGAAAUGCUAUCCCGAUAAAGUGACAUUUACUAUUCUCAUUAUUGGGCAUUGUAUGAAAGGAAAAAUGCUUGAAGCAAUUGGCAUUUUCAAUAAAAUGCUAUCAGUUGGUUGUACCCCUGAUCAUGUCACUGUGCAUUCUUUAGCAUCUUGUCUUUUCAAGGCCGGAAUGCCUAUUGAAGCCUCCCGUGUUACAACAAUAGUAUCACAGGACAUGAAGCUGGCAAGUUCGCCCUUGGAUAACAAUGUUCCUCUGGGGAUAAACAGAGUUGUGCCUGUGGCUGUUUAGUAGAAAAGCUCCCCAUCAUUGAACUCGGUGUCAUACUUUGAUGUUGUGAAGGCUCUUCGUCAUGCACAGAGUACCUCAUUAAGCAUAUCCAGCUUGAAGCACAGAUUACCUUCCAUUCAGAGAGCAAAUAAGCAUUUUUCUUCGUAUUGGCUGAAACCUCAAUGGUACUCUGUCAUCAACUCUUACAUUUUAUGAGGGUGUUAUAACAGAUCUAAAGCUGCUACAUCUUAAAUUUGAAUAGGUAGAGCAUCAACGAUGAAGAUAUUUCUGGCUUCAAAUGCUGGACAGUGCUGAAAAAAGACCUGGCAUGAUGCCGAAUGAGUCGUAAGUGCCGACGAAAUCGACCCCUUGUCCUCACAAUUCUGUAUGUCAAAUGAGAUCUCCAGACAUCAUGGUGGAAAACAAAGCAAUUUCGUGUUUAGGGUAAGGAGCAUGAAAAGGAUUGAUGAACUGUUUAGAUUUUUCUUCUUCUUUAUUUUAUCUGGAGAAUUCAACAAUCCCUGUUUUUUUUUGCCCCACUUCACAUGCAAUCGUUAAUCUUGUACAGAA